AACUUUUAACCGCUGCGAGCAGAGUGAUGUCGUUUUGCAGCUUCUUCGGUGGCGAGGUCUAUAAAGACCAUUUUCGACCAGGGGUUUACGUAUGCUCCAAGUGUGAUCAUCAGCUGUUCAACAGCCGCUCUAAGUACGAACACUCCUCUCCCUGGCCAGCCUUCACACAGACGAUCCAUGAGGACAGUGUAUCUAAACAUGAGGAGAGACCUGGGGCGUAUAAGGUGCGAUGUGGGAAAUGUGGAAAUGGACUAGGCCAUGAGUUUGUGAAUGAUGGGCCAGCCAAAGGGGUUUCUCGCUUUUGAAUAUUCAGCAGCUCACUGAAGUUUGUCCCUAAAGAUAAGGUCGAUGGACAGUAAGGUGAGCUGUUAGAGGGACGUCUUGGACUUGAAGAGCUCUGUGCGGCUGAAUGUGUGGACAGUGGAUGAAGUGUUCUGGGAUAAAGCCCAAUCUGGGAGUGCCAGGGCUCUGAUGAAAGAUGGCCACACUGGAUAGCAAGAACAAAGGGCUGGUCUCAACUCCUUUUUAUUAUGCAAUCAUCAGCAUCUCAGGAUAGCCUCACUGAUUACACAAUCACUGUUAUCAGUUUUACAUUUAUAUACAGGGUUCGUUAAGGUUUUUUUUCCCGUCCGGUCGGGACAAGUAAAAAAAAACUUGCCCAAAGUCAAUUUUAACUGGCCCCUAUAAAACAGAGUCCAAAAAAAUAUU